AUGGGAUCCAGCAAUAGCAGUGAGCUAAAAGCUCCAGUCUUUGAUAGGGAGAAUUAUGAUUUUUGGAGAAUAAGAAUGACAACCAUUUUCAAAUCCUAUGAUCUAUGGGAUAUGGUUAAACACGGGUAUGAACUACCUGAGAUGGAGAUCGAUGCUCUAGAGAAAGAUCUCACAGAAACACAACUCAAAACACUGAAACAGAAUUGGAUGGAGGAUGCUAGAGCACUUGGAAUCAUUCAAGGUGCUGUCUCAGACACCAUUUUCCUGAGGAUAGCAAAUGAAGAGACUGCUAAGGGAGAUUGGGAAGGUUUACAACAAGAGUACAGAGGAGACACUAAAGUCAGAAAGGUAAAACUUCAGUCCCCUAGAAGAGAUUUCGAGUAUACAAGAAUGAGGGAAAAUGAGUUGUUAAAAGACUACUUCACUAGGCUGUUUGAUGUUGUAAACAAGAUGAAAACAUAUGGUGAGGAACUGCCUAAUGAAAGAAUUGUCCAGAAACUGUUGAUUAGUUUGAUUAAACCCUAUGAUUCAAUAGUAAGUGUUAUUGAAGAAACCAAAGACACUGAAACUCUCAGUGUGCAAGAUGUGAUGGCAUCCUUAAGAGCUUUUGACCAAAGACUCGAGAGGCAUGCUAAUUUUGCACUUGAGAAAGCUUUUCAAUCACUCAAUGUUGGAUCUAGUAGUUAA